AUGAAUUUAUUUACAGGAAUAUUACUCGGUUUAGUAGUUGUCGUGCUGAUAGUAAAAGCAAACCCCAAACCACAGACUGUCUCUAAGGAAGUUGUAGAUCAAGUUCAAAAGAUGAUCGACGACAAUCCAGUAUUUGUGGCUUCCAAGAGUUACUGUCCUUACUGUAAGGAAACUUUGAAUACUUUGUUUGAAGUUUUGAAGGUCCCAGUUGCUGAUGCUUUGGUCCUACAAUUGGAUACCAUGGAUGACGGUGAUCAGAUUCAAGUGGCUUUGAAGCAAUUAAACGGUCAAAGAACUGUUCCAAGCAUUUAUAUAGGUCAAGAAUUUAUUGGUGGUAACAGUGACUUACAAAAACUGUAUACUUCUGGCGCUUUAAAGACCAAAUUAGAAAAAGUCGUUAGAAUUUAA